CAUUCAUCAAACUGAAACAAUCUCAUGUGAAUUUUAGCUCACGUCAGGCUUUUCUUUUUUUUUUACUUUUUAUAACUUGUGAUUUAUUUUUCUUUAUUCGGUGUUUUGUGUCACAGAAGAGCUGUAUGCAGUGCUCCCAGCAGUGCAGGAGAAAUGUCAUCUCUGCUUUCUCAAAACAAAGAUGAGCCACUUAUCAGAAAAUCUCUGUCUGACUCUUGUCCAGCUUCAUCUGCUACCAACACCAGGAGCCUGAGGCAUGAAAGGCUGUCUAGACUGAGCUCAUCCAGCUCAUCUGAUGUCCCAAACGACACAUCAACAAACCAUGCAGAGUCUUAUUUUUUACGAAGGGAGAACAGGCUGUCGGCAAGGAAAAAGGCAGAAGAAGAGAUGAAUAGUGACUAUAAAAAGAUGUAUGAAAAGGCACUGGCAACAAAUGAAAGGCUCAAAUCCCGACUGGAGACCAGUAAACAAGACUUGGCCACAGUUAAAGACCAGCUGCAUCAAGCACAGAAGGGGUCAGAAGAUGAUUGUAGCUCCCACAUGCUAGAAGCAGAGAAAAAGGAAAGUUGGAGCCUUAAAAAGAGGAUAUCAGAUAUGGAAGAACAGUUAAAGGUGAAAGCUGAGCUGAAGCAGGAGAACCAGAGGUUGAAGGAUGAGAAUGGGGCUUUAAUCCGUGUCAUCACUAAACUCUCCAAGUAAAACAGGAAGCAGGCGGGGGCAAGCAAGGGGGAAGCUAUUUUUAUUUCCAUUAAAGGGUGGAAGUCGACCUCUGCCUUGACGACUUUAAAGACUGUGGAUCUGCUGAGACUCUCAUGACAUUUUGCAUUGUUGUUAUAUUGGUUGUGUAAAAAACAAUAAAGUUCUU